GCUACAAUCACAAGCGAGCCUGCACCUCGGCAGAUGUGCGAACGCCAUUAAGGCUGUGCAAGAAGGUGUAGACAAGAGCUUCUCGCACUCAUCCUCCAGUUAUACAGCACGUCGAAUUGUUCAAGCCGCCUAUUCACUCUUCAUCGUAAGAAAAUGACAUACCAACCGAUAAAACUAGAAGGGCGGAUCGAUUCUCACACAGGGUUCCUGGUAGAGGAUGAUGAGCCAACGCAUCCGGAUUCUUCCAAACCACCAUACACCUCGUCUCCGAUGAAUUCAGCGAGGGACUUGAAGUUGAGCACAACGUGGAGAGAGCUUUGGAGGACUCCAUCUACCAUGGCUGCGCUGUUUCUGCUUGCCUGUGUGUUUGCUAUGCUUCAUCUCGUCUUAUUCAUCGCCUUGGACAAAAGACGGACAGAUGGCCCAGAUACUUUGUCCCAGAGCUACGUAGCAGUGCUUUCGCACCUCCUCGGAGUUUCGUUCCGAGCAAGUCUUUCCGGCUCCCUAGCCGUUGCUUACACUCAGUACUUGUGGCGCUUGUUGCGGCAACGACCAAUCAAGAUUUCAAGUAUAGAAACACUUUUCAAGAUUACUCGAAACCCGUUCCUGCUCUUGCAGCCAAAACUUAUCACAAUAGCACCAAUGUUGGUUAUAUUGGCUGCAUAUACUUGGCUACUACCUCUUGCAGUCGCCUUCACUCCUGGUGCCUUGAUAGUCGUCUCGGAUACAGCUCAGAAUACCUCUUACGCGACUGUACCUACGUACAAUGGUUCUUCAUUGGGCAACAACUCAAUAGCCGACGCAGAAAUCCACUCUCUAGCUGUUCGGUUCUUGAGUGGAGGGAGUUGGAUCUACUUAAGUGCGACCCCUAGCGUACAAAGACUUGGGCGCCUAGUCCUUGAACUUGACGGUGUGGUUCCGUUUUCUUCCCCCUGCGGACAAAACUGCACAUAUGUCACUCAAUUUUCAGGACCUUACCUUCAAUGCAACACCACCAUCUUAAACCAGACCGUCGUGAACCAAGGCACGUGGGCAUGUGGUUACAACGCAUUCACCGCCUCAAACAUAUCCUCUUACGAUGAAACUAAAAACGAUAAAAUCAAAGAUGUGUUUGAUAUGUCGGUUUCUCGCGCGAUCCAUUCAAAGCCUAAUAUCUCAGAGACCAUAGUUCAAGAAGUUGAGCGCAUUACUUGCACACCGUCCUGGGCUUCUUAUAUAGUGAACGUUACUUACAACAACGGCCUGCAGACUAUCGAACGCUCUGAAAAACUUAUGGGAUCUCUCCGCGAUAUGAUGGUACCUCUCCAACAGUACUACCCCAGCGCCGGAAUUUGGCCUGAACCUCUUCGCCAGACAUUGACCGCAUUCAAUCAUUAUGCGCUCAUUGAUGCGCUGAUAAGCCCGCUUAGUGGUAACUAUACGAUGCUGCAAUCAGGCCAAUAUAUGGGCGGCGGGUCUUCAGCACAGUUUUGUGGAGCGACAGGCGGGACUCUCGCCGCCGAUACACAUCUCAACACUCAGAGAAACAAUUUCUCGAGGCCUCAUGCCGAUGGGCCGAAGUUUGUCGUCACUCAGGCUGUUUUGAACGAUGCCCUUUUCAACCUCACCAUGAGUGCUGCGUUCCAACUCGGAUUCUGGGAAACCACGCUUCCCGUUACUAUCACAAGCGUACAACAGCUGUAUUCGUUUGCGUAUCCUAGAACGCUGCUAAUUCCCUAUCUUACAUGUCUCCUCAUCUCAGUUCCCUUCCUGCUUCUUGGACUAAUUAGUCUGCGCUCGAACGGUGUGUCGGCGAUAGAAGGGGGAUUCCUCCAGAUCUUGAUGACGACGACGGGAAGCAAGACGCUUGAGAAGGCAGCUGCUGGUGGCUGUCUUGGAGGAGAAGAAAAUACGCCUGAGGAUCUUAAGAGUUUGAAAGUUCGUUUCGGAGAAUUGAUAUCGAGUGGGAUUUAUGAACAUGAUGACUCGGGGCAGGUGAGAAGAGCGGGCUUUGGAACGGACGAGGAGGUUGUGCCGCUAAGGCGAAGUCACACGUAUGGAAUAUGAUUGUCGGGUGAGUAUCUGAGAUAUGAUAUUUGGUCAGUUUAUGUACACUUGUCACGGUAGGUGAAGAACGCAAAUUCGCGCCGGGUACUUAGCAAUUCAGUCCUGCAAUCGUUGAUCAUACUUCACUCCAGGUAGUGUAUGAGGAAAUACAAAGGU